AGUUAACUUGUCGUAGAUCUCUCUCCUUGAGCUUCCACACCUCUUGUUCAUUUGUGUAAGCGGUUUUCAAUAGCAGCCAGACGCACCUUAACGAUCUACCAUCAACCAGGAGGGAGGAUACUUGUUCAUCACCAUGGCAACAAGAAGCGCUUUCAGAUUUGUUUCUCGGAGGUUCUCUAACGGAAAAGUUCUUAGCGAAGAGGAGAAAGCUGCUGAGAAUGUUUUCAUCAAGAAAAUGGAGCAAGAGAAGCUUGAGAAGAUAGCAAGACAGGGUCCGGGAGAACAAGCAGCAAGUGGAGCCAAGGCUAGUGGUGGUGGUGGAUCUCCACCAUCAUCAGCAUCGGCUGAAUCAGGGCCAAAAGUGUCAGAAGACAAGGACAGAAACUAUGCAGUGGUGGCGGGUGUGGUGGCUGUUGUUGGUGCCAUAGGUUGGUACAUGAAAUCAGGUGGAAAGAAGCAGCAGCCAGAGGUUCAAGAGUGAAAGAUCGAUGGAGUAGCGAGUGAAUAAAACACAGAGUGGCUUUUACUCAUUCCUCUCUUGUGAGAAACUAUGGACUACUUGUCACUUUUCUUUUGGUUUUGACAUUUAUUUCGGAAUCUUCAACUACGUAAAAGACUCUUCUGCUCUGCUCUUAUCAAAAUAAGUGAAAAUUCUCAGA